UGGAGCGCACCUGUGCCCAUUUGUCUCUUGCGAGGUCGCCAGUUCGGAAAUGAUGAGUCUUGCAAGCAGACUGGAGGCUGCAUUCGCCACUAACAAUGUCACUGCAGUUUUUCUAUUUAUUAUUGGAGAGAAAUCAUCAGUGUCUCUGAUCGAUCAAUUGGAUGACGUUGCAUGCAGGGAUCUGCAUAAACAUGAAUUCAAAAAUGUUACACUGAUAUUACGGGCGCUUGAGCAAGUAAUCUCCAAAGAUGAAGACUGCAUCAAUCAAUUGGUGUGUCAGGGGUUAUUGGUCAAGAUAAGUGUCCCCUUUUAUUUGCCUUGCAGAUUUGAAAAAGAUAUUUAAACAAGUCCCACAGAUACAAUGACAUAUUUUAUAUAUACACACACGGUUGGUGGUGGUUUGAGGCAGAAUGGAAUAGAUUUAUUUAUUUGGACUAUGCUGAAGACCUUCAAUCUGUAGUUGAUUAUAUAUUUGUAUAUAAAAAUGAUGUACAAUAGUAAUGUACCUACAAUGUUUGUUAAAAUGUACUCUUGCGGGGGCAGUGGUUGUUCUAAUAGUCUAACCUAAGGUCUUUCCUUUCUUUUUAAACCAUACAUGCUAAAUUGGUUUGAGAUGGUUUGUGAGCAUCUAAAAGUGCUGCAGAAACCAAACAAGGCUCCAAUGCGGCUCAUGGAAGUGUUCUGUGAAGUGUCCAUGAGACUUUGCCAGAGCAAUGCUGAAGGCAGCAUUAAGAUUUUGGAGAUUCUUUUACUGAGGUUUGGAGCUGUUGUUAUUGACCAAGAUGUACAUUUCAAUCUUCGUCUAGAGGCCAUUAAGACAAUAAAUUCAAUGUUGGACAGUGCUUCAAAAGACACUCGUAAAAAAAUAUGUCAGUCUGAUCAUAGUUCUCUGCUAGAGGAGUUUGCUAAAGUGAUAAUUGAUGUUGGUGAUUAUGAAAUGCAGGUGGCCAUUUCCGAGGCACUCUGUCGGAUGACGCCAAAGAAAUUAAGGGAGGAAUUGGUUGGCAAGUGGUUCAACUACAGAAGCUUUGCUUCAACUUUCACAACAAUAAGAGUUAAAGAGUUUGAAACGGACUGUAGGAUAUUUCUGAAUGAACUCAACAGCUAUUUUGGGAGCUCAAGAAGAGUGUUUUCAUAUCCAUGCAUAAGGGCAUUUCUAGACACCACUGAGUUGUUUAAACCUGAGGAUGAACUUUUGCAGAAGUUCUGGAUAGACUUCAACAUUGGGACAUCUUGCAUUGGCUUCUAUGUAAAUGACCCACAAGAAACCCUGUGGGAACUUAUUCAUUUGCCUAAAGAAGCUGUCAGUUCAUACAACUUACAAGAAUGUGAUGAUCAGAACAUCUUGAACAUUCACAUGUUGCUUCCUGUGGGUCAUGGACAGAUCACUGGAAAAAUGGUGCAGAUUACCUUUGACUCUAAGCAUGAUAUUCAAACUGCUGUGAACAAAGUCUAUGCUGGAGGAGGUGAAUUACAGCUGCUAGAGACGGGAAAGCAUGCUGUAUUUAGUCAGGAAGACUCAGGAAUUCCAAUUACUCCAACUGAAAUUAAACAGACAUUCACCAGUCCUCCUAUCACAGAGACUACAAGAAAAGCUCAAGGUUUCUAUGCUCUUCAAAGUGGUCCUGGGAAAUGGCCAUCACAUAAGUAUAGGACGUUCCCUACAGAAGACAAAUAUUCUCUAAUAAAUGAUUCCAACACAGAGGUGGCACUGGCUAAAGCUGUUGUCUUCAGUCAGUCUGUCUCUUCUAAUGGGUCUGUCAGUUCUGUUAAGUCAUUUCCAUCUGCAAAAUCUACACAAAAGGUUACUACACUUCUAUUGUGGUUUGAUAGGAAAAUUAGGAUGUUUCACUCUGAAAGUGACAGCUGUGUGUCACCUGGUGAGAGACCUUUGCUUAAAUGCAAACCUCAAUGUGACUACACCAGGAAAAAAACACGGCUGAAGAGUAAACUCAAAGUUCUCCCACUUUCCUCACCAAGUAGCAGUGAAGAGAAAUACUUUAAGCAAUCAACCCCUAAACACAAAAUGGAGGGAGAGAGGUGUGAAGGAAUUGAUGGGAAGCAGACUCUGGAUCUUUCCCACCAACCCAAGGAGCCCAUUCUGGAUUCAAGGUUCCAAGACAAGACAUUUCUUGACGAUUCUGUCUUCACAGAGGAGGAACCUGUUGGAUCUAUUGAGGAAGACACUGUAGACAAAGAACCAUCUGUGCCUCUAAACAAAAGACUACUGCCAUUGGCAGAAUUGAAUAUGUGUUGUGACGAUGGAAGUGAGGAGCAGCUCUCAUUCUCUACACUCAAACCCAGAAAACUGUUCAUCUCUCCCUCACUGGAGAAUGCUAAAGAAGCAAUAACCCAAGCAUUGAUGGAAGAUGAACAAUCUGAGGCAGAGUUGAGUUCUGGAGUCAUGGCUGCCUUUGAUUCUUUUAAAGGUCAACUAAGAGAACACUUCUCUUCCAGGUAUAAGAAGACUGAAACAAAGUCACUGAGAUCUUUGACUGACUGCCAGAAAACUGUAUCCUCUUUGCUAAAAACAGUGCAUGAUCAAAGGCUUAUUCAUUUGGAAUGCUUCCAGAAUACUGUAGUGCAGCAGCUGGGUCAGCUGGAGCAGAACUGUCUUUCCCUGAAGAACAUUGAGAGAGAAACUCUGGGUUUUUGGCAGUCGGUGUCUGAUAAAGUGAGAGCAUUCUGUAAUAAACAGCAAAAGAGAUUGGAUUCUCUAGAGUUACUCAGAGAGGGGGUCCAAGUCCACCAUAGGCAAGCAGAGGGAACAGAAGCAAUGCCUAGUGUGUCCACAGUCGUUCCAGUUGCAGAGACUGAAGACAGCCUAAGAAAGUGAAAAUUUUAUCCAGCAACCACAGAUUCCUGC